AUGUUUGCCAGAAUACGCGUCAUUACCAAGAGAUACGCCUCCCAGCGACCGCCGCUGUACUUCACCAACCCCAGCAAUCCUCCCCAUACCUAUGGCGAGCCAAUGCCGCCGCCGCUGCCGGCUCCAUCGGGGUUUGAAGCUAGCUACCAGUACCCCGCCGCCGACGCCAAUCGCGCCACCUACGGGUCCAAUACUCAAGAAAAUAGCCACAAUAACAACCACAAACAAGGCGAAUCGAUGCUUACGGGGAUCGCCAACGCGUUGGCAACACUGGCGUUGGUAUACUUCGCCUUGGACAACUACCUGAACCGCAUCAAACUUGAAAAGGCGAACGAAGAACUCGUCACCAUCAACCUCAAAACACUCCAGCUACAAGAGGCAAACCACCAGGCUGCCCGCAAGAAACGUGACAUGAAUACCCUUCAAGAACGGAAAGAUAGAGCUAAGAGAGACAUGAAGAUGGCAUUGCAUAUUGCUCUUCUCACCAAGCAAUUGGAGGAGGCAAACAUCCCCCCAGCCAAGAUCGACGACGUCAUUCGUGAGUACGAGCAGUCGGUGAAGAUCGACAAUAGCAUACGCAACAUCCUGAGCCAGUCGUUGUGGCUCGACGACAACUCCGAGCUCAAGCCAUACUUGCCUAACGUCCACGAAUACGAUAAAAAACUGGGAGAAAAGCGAGUGGUCGACUAA